AUGGACGUGGAAGCGCAGAUGGAGUCCAAGGGGCUGCCCCAGCACUUCUCGACUUCAGAUCCAUCACAUGGCUCUCAUGUCACCGAGAACUUGGCUGCCUCAAUAUCCAACUCAGAAGCCAAGGUUGACAUAUCGCCUUCGAAACAGCCGGUCACCGAGUCACCGCUACCACCAGAACCCGCGCCCGCAGUGACUGAGGCAGUCGCAGAGAAACUGCCCGAGUCAGUCCCACAGGCAGCGUCUCAGCCUUCUACUGAGGCGGCACAGCCUUCCACCAACGGAGUUGAGCUGCCUGUCAGUGAACCAGCGCAAGAUCCUGCUAUUUCAGCUUCGAUCUCAGCUGUUCCUGACUCUCAACCUCAACCUACCGAAACAGAUACUGCAGCGACAGCAUCACUUUCUGAAACAAAAACCACCGAAUCCUUCGUCCCAUCGUCCAUCCCAACCGAGAUCCAAUCAUCAGCCACCACGGUGGAAGCGACUCAGCCAACGAUGGAUGUCUCCGAACCCUCUCCCGUACCCGCCCAAGCGCCAAUCUCGGACCUGCGCACUUCGCCUCAUGCGGAUGCGCUUACUCCUGAUGCCGUUGCCGAUGUCGAAGCUCGGAAGCACGAGUUGGACAACUCUGCAGAUGCGUUGACGGCGACUUCCAAACCCGAUGUCAUGGAUACCUCCUUCCCAACUGUCCCGGCCACAGCAGCGUUGACAGGCGAGGCCGACCAGCCAUCCGUUACGAAUAUUGGUCUUCCGUCGCCUCCGGCGCAGUCUCCACCAUCUGCACCUCAGCCAGCGCCCGCAACAUUGUCCGAGGAGAAGCCUGCAGAGUCCGCACCAGCACCUGUUUCCGCUCCUCUUCCAGCUGAGCAGCCGAAAGAGCCAGCUCCGACACCAGCAGCUCCAGCCCCAGCGUCGAUCGAACCAAAGGACCAGGUUAUGGAAGACGUGUCCUCUCAACCUGUUAAACAAGUCCAUGGACGCGAGGAUGACCAUGUCGGUGUGGAUGCGGAGCCUGCUGCGAAACGCGUCAGAACAGAAGAGCCACAAUCAAGUCAACAAGCCGAUUUCAAGGUCCCUGAUGUUCCUACGCCCUCUGCUCAGACGACCGCUCCAGCCUUGGCCAACGGCAACAACGCCACUGCUGCUGCCACAAACGGAAUUACGGACGGAGAUGAUAGUGUCACGCCGGCACGUUUGGCGCACAUGAGAAAAGUCAUUUCCAAUCUCAAGAAAAGCAACGCUUCUGCUGCCUUUAGAUUGCCCGUGGACCCGGUGGCGCUCAACAUCCCUAAUUAUCCUUUGGUCGUCACCCAGCCCAUGGAUCUGGGGACCAUUGAUCAGCGCUUGAAGCGCAACGAGUACACGUCAGUCUCUGCCUUUAUCAGUGAUUUCCAAUUGAUCGUCAGCAACUGCGUCAAGUUCAACGGCCCCGAUCAUGGGGUCACACAGUCAGCUAGAAAGAUGGAGAGCUCCUUCAACAAUCAAAUGCGGAAUCUGCCAAAGGCCACCAUCGAAGAACCUGCAAAGGACAACAAGAAGGCAGCUAAGAGACAUGAACCUACGCGAUCGGCUCCUCCUCGACGACCAUCGGUGAGCACGUCGACCGGUGCAGCCAGCUCACAUACUACACCUAAAGCUCCAGCUCCGUCGGCACCUUCGUUUGCUCCGGGCCCCGAUGGCAUCCCACUUAUCCGUCGAGACUCAACUAUGGCUGAUGGAAGACCCAAGCGAGCCAUUGUUCCAACCAAGCGCAACCAGGAAUUUGGAGGGGGCAGACCGAAGAAGAAGAAGUAUGAGCUGCAAUUGAAAUUCUGCGACCAAGUCUUGAAGGAGCUCAUGGGCCCCAAAAACUGGUACUUGAAUCAAUAUUUUACCCAUCCGGUGGAUCCAGUCGCCUUGAAUAUUCCAACCUACUUCCAGAUCAUCAAGAAACCAAUGGAUCUUGGCACGAUCAGAAACAAGCUUAACAAUAAUGUUUAUGAGAAAGCCAAGGACUUUGAGGAGGAUGUUCGGCUCAUCUUCAAGAACUGCUACAAGUUCAACCCGGAGGGCGACUUGGUCAAUACCGCUGGCCACCAAUUGGAAGAACUGUUCAACAAGCUGUGGGCUGGCAAAGAUGAGUGGAUCGCGUCGCGGGAACCACAAUCCGAACCCCAGUCAGAUGUCGAAGCGGAAGAUGAUGAAGAUGAGUCGGAGGAAGACGCAGAGGACAGUGAAGAGGAGCGCAACGACAAGAUCAAGCAACUGCAGAAACAAAUUGAAGAGAUGUCCAAACAAAUGGGCGAGUUGACUCAGAAGAAGCACAAGAAGUCCAAGUCACCACCUACAAAGAAGAGCAAGUCCAAGUCGAGCAAGAAGGAGAAGCCAGCAGCCAGCUUUCCCAAUCUUGGUAAGGACAAGAAAGAAAAGAAGAAGUCGGCCCCCAGAUCUAAGCCGGAUCGGUAUGUCACCUUUGCGGAAAAGCAAUACAUCUCCAACGGAAUUGCCAUGUUGCCAGAGAAGCAGAUGCAAGAGGCUCUCAAGAUCAUUCAGAACAGCGUACCGUCCUUGGCCAACAGCGACCAGAAUGAGAUCGAGCUGGACAUCGAAGAGGUGCCAAACCAGGCUCUUCUCAAGUUACUCAACUUUGUCAAGCGAUACGCUGGUCCUCCUCCCGAUGAGCCAAAGGUGGAACAGGCCGAUGUUUACGCCCCGGUCCAGAAGACGAAGAAGAGCAAGCCCAUGAGCAAACAUGAGCAGGAAGCACAGAUUGAGGAGCUGAAGGGCAAGCUGGGCGCUUACCAUGGUGCCAUCUCUCCCACUGCCGUUCCUUCCAUCGAAGAUGGUGAUAGUAGUGAUGAUGGUGACUCUGAAGAGAGUGAAGAAGAGUAG